UGAGGCUUGCUUUUGAACAGGCCAGCGUGAGAUUUUUGGGGGUCUAUUUCGCAGGCGCCCAGGGCCAGGCAGCCUUUAGUCUAGAAUGAGACAGCCGAGGGUGAGCACCGGAGUUUUCACACACUAAAGGUGCCGCAGGGAAGAACGCACUCCGGGGAUAACAUCAACCGAGGCAGCGGGAUAGCGACAACAACCACCAUGUACAAGACCAGUUACCGGCGCGAGGUGCGCAAGGAGAAGUAUGAGCGUUCUGAUGUCUUCGAAGAGCCCUACGGCCCUGAUGCAUCGGCAGGCACCUCAGCCAUCCAGGGCUGGGAGAGCCUGCAGGAGCUCAACAGCCGCUUCGCCCGCUAUAUUAAUCGGGCACGCGUGCUGGAGCAGCGCAAUUCCGUGUUCCGCAAGCAGCUAGAGACGCUGCAGCGGAUGGAAGAGGCCAGUGGGCUUGAGGAGGCCUUUACUGAACAGAUUGGCCUGAACCGGAGGCGCAUCUGCGAGCUCUCUGCCGACCGUGCCAAACUUGAGCGCCAGCUGAAGGACGCAUGCCGCAUGCUGGACGAGUUCACCAACAAAUACAGAAAUGAGUGUGAGUAUCAAGAACAGCUGCGGGGUACAUUGGAACAACUCAACAGGGAGGCUGACCAUAACCUGCUCAGGAACCUGGAGUUUCAGAUCCAGACUCAGUUCCUUCAGGAUGACAUCAACUCCACCAAAGACAGACACAGAAAGAACCUGUCAGAGAUCCAGACCUACGUGAAUAUCCUGCACCAGAUCAACCAGACGAUACACCUGGUGCCAAAUAUGGCUGUGGGCACCUCUGAGGAGCAGGAGAAGCAGCUGGCCCAGAGGAGAGUUCCAGCACUGCAGAGUCAGCUGGAGGAGUAUAAGAGCGCCCUCUGUCAGCUCCAAGCACAGAGGCAGCAUCUGCAGUACGAGGUUGCCAUGAAAUAUUCAAUAUGUGGAUUGAACACCUUUGCAGUACUACAGCUGUCACCACAACAUCCUCAAAGAACGUCAGUGUUGGAGAGUUCCAUCAUGAGCACCCAGGAGGGCUAUGACGAUGAGAUCCAGCUGUACAACGAGCAGAUUGAGUCUCUGAGGAAGGACAUCGAGGAAGCUGAGAGAUCCCUGGACAAAUACACAAAUGAGUGCCGCCACCUGGCCAUGUACCAGACCUCACUGGAGAAUGAGCUGGAGAGGUACAAGAGGAUCAUCGAGAACGAGGACAACAGGUUGAAUUCAGCAAUAAUUGGGACUCCCAUUACCUUGUUCACCACCAAUUACCGCUACACCCACACACCCACUGUGUCGAGCAGGGGCAGAGACAUCACGCAAGCCAUCCAGGACAUCACCAGUAUCAAGCCUCGCCAGAAGAACCUGGCCAAGAAGGUCCUGAAGAAGAAGGAGAUCAGCCCCAAAGAUGUGAUGGACAGUGGACAGGAGGAGAGAGUCGGUGGAGCUGAACACAUGGAGGACGAGAAGCGAGGGGUGGCAGGGGAGGAAGCCGAGGUGAAGAGGGAGGAGCAGAGGUCCCUGUACACGCCCCAGGAUGUGCCAGACGGGGCUCAGAUCAGCAAAGCCUUCGACACGCUUUGUAACAUUGUCAGAGACCGAAUGAGGAAGUACAAGAAGCCAGAGCCAAUUGCUGACUUUUACACCAAGGGGCGCUAUGUGCUGGUGACAGGCGAUGGCAGCUACCCCCACCCUCACUUCUACACCUCCAGCCCCUCCGCCGGACACGUCUUCGUCACCAUCCGCAACGGCAUGGUCUCCCCUUAUGACCCCUUCGGGCCUUACACCCCCUCCCCAAACCCCCCUCAUCCUCAGCCCAUGCCACCCCCUGGUCCCCUUACCCCCACCCAGCCCUCUGACGGAGAGGGGGGGAAAGGAGACGAUAAGGGAGGAAAAGGUGGUGGGAAGGGGAAAUCUAGGGGCGGAGACCCCGAGCCUAGGCCGAAGAACCCUACUCCCCCCCCACAGCCCAACCCUGCCCCCAAAGGCCCCAGCAAUCCCUCCGGACCCAAGGGGGGUAAAGACGACAGUCACCGCAGGGGCCCUCGUCCCAUGCCCUCCCCCCGUGGCGCUAACAGCAUGCCCCCUGACUCCAUGAGCUACGAGAAGGUGGAGAUGGUGGAGUCAGUGGAAAAGUUCUCCAAUGACCGCAAGACCAAGGGCUAUGAGGAGACAGCCAUGGUGGUGGAGACCAUGAUCGAGAAGACCAGCAAAAAGAAGAACUGAGUCUGAGAUAAGGUCGACCUUUGCCAAUAUAUCUCACAAGUUUUGCCUCACCUUAUGCCAGUAAGAACAAACACUGAGCCAUUAUGUGACUCUGCUAAAGACACAUUCUAAAGACAUUGUUCCCACCCUAUAUGAAACCAACCUUAAAGAGACAGUUCUUCCUGAUACUGCUCCUCUAUUCGCUCACGCUUUCUGGCUUUGCUUUCAGCAAGUGUUUGCUGGUUCCAUAAUGCUGCUAUUGUUGUUUUCUACCUACGCCGUAACCUUACACAUUUAAUGUCUGAAAACAUGAAGUACGAACAUCAAAACUACAAGCCCCCUUGUCAUCUCAACCCCCGAAGUAGAGUAAACAUUGCUUGAUGUGUGAAAACACCUCUAACAUUUUUAUAAAUUGAUGACAUGCUACUGCCCUCAUGGAUGUUUGCCACCCUUCCAAACCAAAGCUGCCCCCAAACCCAAGAGCUCAUUUGUUCAAUUGGAUGCCAUUGACUGCCCUCAACACAGACUUUCUGUGUAUAAAAUUGCUUUAAUAAUAAAAAAGAAUCAAGCUUUAAAAGCGCAAAGCUCUACUGUCUUUGUGUUUGGACAUUAGCACCACUCUUAUGACACACUCACAGCUUUGUUCCACUACAAAUGAAUGCCCCAAUCCUUCAUAUCAUCUCAUUUCAAUCCAUUGAAAUGUGCCAAAAAGAUAUUAAAUGAUUCAUAUUAUAUUCUCUGAAUAAUAACAGCGGAUGUUUCAGAUUUUUACUUUUCGUAUGCAGUUAAAGCAUUAUUGACUUACUUUAUAAUGAUGGUAGAGGUGAUGGAUGCCUAGUUUUUUAACUGAUCACCCUGUUUGACUUGCAAACUAGAGCUAUAUUAAUUGCGUCAUAGUGAGGAAACUAGACUGAGCUAGUGCAGUGUUUAGUAAACAUUGGGUGUCUCUCAGCACGGAGUGAUAGGUACAGUUACUGAAGGAGAGUCAUCCAUUUUUAUUGAGAUGAACAGGAGGAGCAGACAGCGACCUCUGAACUCUGCACAAUCCACUUUCCCUUAGAGGGACAGACAAGAGAGAGAGAAAGGGAGAGCCAGAAAACGUGUGCGUGUGUGACAGAAUAACACCCAGUGUGUGAUGUAAAUGUCCCUGUGCUCUUGAGUGAACAGAUAAGUGCUUCCCAUUACAGCAUAGGCUUCAAUUGUCUGGCAUUGAGCAUUGUAAGGCCAAAUGACUUACCUUAGAAAGUGAAAUUGGAAUACAGAACCACCUAUCUUCCAGUUCCUAUCUUUCUCUUCCUCAUUCAAAUGACAAGACAUUUCUGCUACCUUGCCUGUGCAUUGCAGAGUGGUGCAAAUCACUGAAGUGCUUUAACAAACAGCUGAAUAGAUUUAUUAUAGUAUACGACAAAGGUUAUUCUGCAAUACGCUUUGAGGACCACAGGCUGCAAAAUAAAUCACUCGAUCCUUGCCUUGUUUAUAUAGAAACAGUUGCUUGUCACAAGAAUAUAAACGGAAAGAAGUAUCACUCCUCUGUUUGCAAGAUAUUAAACUUUAAGUAGAAUGACACUGAAAAUAAUUUACAGUCACAAACUGUACAACAGUUGGUUCACCAGAAGUGGAGGUGUGGG